AUGGAAGAGAAGCUGCUGCAAUUGAGGCUCCAAGUCGAAUACUUGACAUCAUGCGUUUCCCGGCUCCAUGAGGUGGUAGAUGAUCUGGAAGAAGAUAAGGAUGAGCUGAUUGAUGAAAAUGGGCGGCUCGGGGACAGACUGGAAGAUUUGGAAGACGACUAUGACGACCUGCGUGACGACUAUCGGGAAGUUAAGGACACCUUGAGGGAACUUGAAGACAAUUAUGCCGAACUGCGUGACGAAAGCCUGGAAGUCAGUGAGAGCAAGGCCUUGAGGACACUUAGAUAUGACUAUGACGCUAUGGUUGCUAAAUGUCGAAAAAUUGAGAAUGAGAGAGACCGAAUUCGAGAUGAGAGAGACCAAAUUCAACAUGAGAGAGACACAUUGAAAGUAGCACUCUCCACGCACCAAAUGCUUGAUGAAGCGACUGAGAAAGAGAGAAACCGAUUUCGGGCUGAGAGAGACGCGUUGAGAAUAGCAGUGUCCACGCAACAAAUGCUUGAUGAGGCGAAUGAGAAAGAGAGAAACCGAUUUCGAGCUGAGAGAGACGCGUUGAGAAUAACCCUUUCCACGCAACAAACGCUCGAGGAAGCGAAUGAGCGAGAACAUAAACUGGCACAGAUCGACAAUGAGUCUGUGGAUAUGGAUUUGGAAACCGACAAUGAAUCCGAGGCGAUGGAAUUGGAUCCACUUCCCGGACAAACUGUCGCGGUGGCACAUCUACCAGCGGAGUAUUGGAAAUUGUCAGAACAACUUGCUCGAGCAAAUUCCUUAGCAGCGCUAAAAGAGCCGCUUUUCAGAGUUGGUGUUGCCAUUCGAUUGCGCUUCUGGGAAAAGCAAAGGGCUGCUUUUCCUCCACUCAGAGCAAUCCAGCUUGCUUUAAUGCGCGGGAACGCCGCAGCGCACAGUCGUGAUUGUCUCGCUGAUCAAAGUCUAUUCAAGCUCGGCUUCAUGGGAUCACCAAGGAAUUCUCAGAUCUCUUUAUUACCUUUCGCUGAUGUUAAUGGGCAGGAAAGCCAGAUUGAAGACCACGACCGAAACCUCUUCAGAGGGCUUUACAAUCGCAAGGAAUAUAUGGAAAACAAAGAUCUUUUCAAUAGGAUGUAUGGCUGUGAUCACAAUGACAAUUUAUCUUCCGAUAAAGUUCUUCAUGCUAAUACGUUUUUUGAUAUGCCACUUGCACCUUGA